CAAGAAGAAGGAAAAGAAGAAGAAGAAGAAGAAAGGGGGAAACUGGGAGCUGAGUGUAUUUUACAAGACUCUGAGUUUCUGUGUCUCUUUCGCCACUUUGAACGUAAAAAAGUCGCGGCGUUGUGUUGAAAUCAGCAUUUUAGCGCUCGGAUUCUGCUGGAAACAACUGCCUUUGGGAUCCAUUUCACACAAAGAUGGGACGUUUCCUCUGAAGGAGGCUCGUUUGGUGGAUUUGGGAUGGUGGUUUUGUUGCACCCUGGGUUCCUGUAAAUACUCUGAAAUUACCCAGCUUGUGUGCAGUGUCAGCGGAGAACACACUCACCAUGGGUCCCCUCACCACACCUAAAAAAGGAAGGGAAGCGGGCGCAGUCGAUCCCUGGACUCCGACCUCCAACCUAAAAAUGCUCAUCAGUGCUGCUAGUCCUGAGAUCAGGAACAGGGAGAAGGAGCUGUGCAUGGACAACGACGGACGGGAAGGACUUGACCCAACGCAGGACUCUGAAAAUGGAGAAGAGUCGGAGAAAAUGAUCAGCAGAAAAGAGAAGAGUCUGGGACUGCUUUGUCAUAAAUUUCUCGCCCGCUACCCAGAUUACCCAAACCCAGCCGUCAACAACGACAUCUGCCUCGAUGACGUGGCCACUGAGCUCAAUGUGGAGCGCCGGCGCAUCUACGACAUCAUGAAUGUGCUUGAGAGUCUCCACAUGGUGAGCCGCGCGGCCAAGAACCGCUACACGUGGCACGGCCGGACCAAGCUGGCCCAGACUCUGGCCAUUUUGAAGCAGGUGGGCGAGGAGCACAGGUACGGGCAGCAGAUGCAGCAGAUCCGGCAGCGUCUCCUGGACAAGGAGUUCGACUUUGACGGCGAGGACCGGGAGAACGAGGUGGUGAUGGACUUGGAGAGCGGCGAGCAGGGACAGAAAGAACUGUUCUUCGUGGAGCUUCCAGGAGUAGAAUUCAAAGCAGCCUCUGUUAACAGCAGGAAGGACAAAUCUCUGCGGGUGAUGAGCCAGAAGUUCGUGAUGCUCUUUCUGGUUUCUAAUCCUCGCGUGGUCAGUCUGGACGUCGCUGCCAAGAUCCUGAUCGGAGAGGACCAGCUCGCAGAUCAAGACACCAACAAGUUCAAGACCAAAGUGCGGCGGCUGUACGAUAUUGCUAACGUACUGCGAAGCCUGAAGCUCAUUGAGAAAGUCCACGUGACAGAAGAAAGAGGGAGGAAACCGGCGUUUGAAUGGGUCGGCCCCGAAGAAUUCCCACAAGUUAAAGACUCGGAGAGCUCCACAUCUGAAUUUCCUUCUAAGAAGAAAAACGUUCUGGAGUCUCGUGCGUCCGUAGACAACUGUGCCAAAAACCUCUUUUCGUCGCCAGGGAACAAACGCAGCUUCACUCGGCAUCCCUCCCUCAUAAAACUCGCCAAGAGCAUUCAGGACGACCGGCGCAAGAUCAACUCAGCCCCCAGCAGUCCCAUGAAGAGUGGCCUGGAUGACUCAUCGAACACCGACUUCCCAAACAAAAUGGCCCAGCUUGCUGCUAUCUGUAAGAUUGAACUUGACCAGGAAACAACGACUGAAGAUCCAAAGCCUGCUGCAGCGGAGGCGGACGCUGCUGCUGCUGUGACGUUACAGCCGACCACUUCCACUUCAAUGGAACCACCUCAGGCCCCCUCACUGACCCCGACCCCGGAGCCUGGAGUAAACACUAACGCCCACCCGGCUCCCUGCACCUCGCUGGCAGCUCAGCCCUCUGUCGCCUACAUCCCUGCGCAGUGUUCACCCCUGAUCCCCGUCCUACUGCCCCAGCAGCGGGGCAGCGGGCCAUACGCUGUGUAUCUGCACCCGUCCUCCCUCAGACCCAACCCUCUGGCCCGGCCGCAGCCCACCAGCCUCGCCGUGCGCUCCAUGACCUUCGAGGAUAAGACCGUGCCGAGUCCGACCGGCCAGUCUGCAGCCAAGAGCCAGCUGGUCUCCAAGGCGUCUGACAUCAGUCCUCUGGCGCUCAAACGGCUGCGUUCGGAUUCAGCCUCAGAGAGCAGCCCCUCCAAAGCCAAGAGGUCCGACCCCAACUUCAAGGACGCGUCUCCAAAGCUCUGCGAGAUCCUUCAGGCCCGUCUGAAGGCCCGUCGCUGCGGUCAGCUCACCAGUCGGCCUUCGCCUCGCGCUCUUCACCUGGACCCAGAGUUCGUCAACACCCCCGGCGGCGCUGCAGCCAGUCAGACGCUGGAGCAGAGCUUGGAGGUUUUACUGGACAAGGAGGACAAGACGGCGAACUUGGACAAGGAGGGAGGAUUAACACCAGUCAGGGCUGUCCCUCUCACGCCUGGACAGCUUCACACCGAGACUUUGGUACCGGCCGGAUACUUGAUCCCAAUCUCCCAGCAGUCUCUCAUCGGCUACAAGGAAGUUCAAGCUUCAGCGGGAGAAAGCAGCAAGGCCUCAACGCCCACUUACAACAUCUACCAAACACCAACUGCAGGCUCCAGACCUGCUCCAGUCCAGGAGAUUACACCCACCAACCUCCGUGUCCACCGAGCCGGCGUCUCUCCUCACCCCACCCAGCAGGCCCACCACCUCCACAGCCCCAGCCCUGCCAUCUACAACUUCACACUGCAGAACCUGAGUCUGAUCUCCGGCUCCAGCCCCGGAAACGCCUUCGUUACGACCCAGACUCCAGAACGCAGCAACACUCUGCCGAGUCCUCUGACUCUGCAGCAGAGAGGCAUGGUGUUCAUCAAACCGGGGUCCCCGCUUCCUGUCCAGCAGACGGCGUCGCCGCACUCGGUGGCUCUGAUCAGUUUGCAGCAGCCUCUGAUGACGACCCCCAAAGGCACCGGCCUCCCCCAGCACAGCUUCUUCCACACGCCCGUCUCCCUCUCGCCUCUGGCUGCCGUGGUAACCACCGGCGGACACCCGACCCCCAAAACUGUUUACAUCCCUCAGAGGAAGCUGGACGUGACCCCCGAGGACUCCUGAAGACAGCCCCGUUACAUCAUGUGUGUGUUUGGGUGUUGUGUUGUCGGUGGGCGGCUGGGUGGGUGUCUCGCUUUUAUUUCCUGUCUGUUUAGCAUCUUACAGUAUUCGUUACCUCUGAACAUUUUACUGCCUUCGUUCUUAUCACAGCCGCCUCUAAAAAUAGCUGCCAUGCAGACUCUGGCUGUGACCUGGCGGACACAUGGAAAUUAGAUUUGAAGACAAGUUCAGCAGACUCGUGAACACUAUCGUCAUGCUCAUUGUGAUUCUGUUCCGCCAGGACUAAACCAGCAUCUAUCUGAUGGGGAUUUCACUUUUUUUUCCCUUCUGUUUGUUUUCUCUUUUCUUAUGUGGAUGAUUUUUUUUUUUCCCCCUUUAAAUUACCAAGAGUAGUAAAAGUUACAUCAGUGCUAUAGUACAACCUAAUGAGAUCACUUUUGCACAUAUGUACAUGUGAACUGUAGCCCUUGAAUGGAGUUUGUUGAGAAUAUGUGAAUAUUUGUGCUACAAUACAAAUUAGACAUUUUGAGUUUAAUUUAUAUGAAAAUUACAUUCGUAUCUGAUGUCCUGCUAAAUAAAUUUUAAUGUUUUUUAUAAGAACAUCA